CCGAGAAGUAGCGUAGAAGCAACCUAGAAAUUAGGUGCAUGCUUCUUCCAUGGAGGCUAUGGAGCUCACUACUGCAACCAACAAGAGAAAGAUUAGCCAUGAUAUUGAAGAUCAUCAUCAGGAGGAAGAAGAUGAUGAUGAACAAAAAAUAGACAAGUUCUUUGCUCUUAUCAAAAACCUUCGCGAGGCUCGCGACCGUUUGAUGAGUGGCUCGAGUGCAUUCAACGGGGGAGAUGAUCAGAACAGGAGGCUCAAGAGGAAGGUCGGGGAAGAGAAGCUGGCUGUAGUUUGGAAACCCUCGUUCCAACGUGAAGAUUUCAUGGCGCCGGAAGAGGCGGCGGCGGCGGCGGUGGCGGUGGCGGCUCCGUUCAAAAACCCUCCGCCGGUGACGGCCUUGUUAGUGGGUUCUUCUUCUCAGAGAGGAGGAGGUAAUAAGGAAAAUGAUACAGAAGGGUUAGACCUAAGGCUCUCACUCUAGCGUUUGCGCUUUUUGCAGAAUAUUAAUUAAUUGCAUGAUUAUCUACUAUGGAUGAUGUAUGAUUCAUACAUCAUGAAUCAUGAUGUAUGUGAUUAAGUGGAGGAAUAUGCAGACCCCUUUUAUCUAUUUAUUAUUUAUUUAUUUGGAAUUAUGGACUA